AAUCAAUAAAAUACGAAAACUUUUUAGCCAAUUUAAAUCACUGUUUCAUAUGUUUUUCUUAGAAAUUUAUCGUCUUUUUUUCUUAAAUUGAGUAUACUUGUUUUGUAUACGAGUGUAAAGAAUCAGUGAGCGCUAAUAACCAUAACCGCGAUUGAGAAACGUAUUCCUUGGUUUGGACUUUCAUUUUGCGUUUUCACGAAGAUCAAAUGAAAGGUGGCCCACAUCUAGCGAAUGCCGAAGAUGCACCAAACAGCUUCUGGGGGUUCUGGGGACUUCUGGGGGUGUUCUUACUGUGAAGGCGAUAAGGACAGGUAAAACAACCUCCAAGUGCAAGCUGCUGGAAAAACUACCUCAGGAGAGUGGCUGGACGAGAACGAAUGCAUGGAAAAGGCUAAAGGGACUCUCAUACAUGCAUGCAGUAUGAUAACUAUAUAAGACUGCAAUUACGGAGGUGGAAAGCAUAGUUUUGUCAUCACAGAAAUAAGGAGUUGGUCAUCUGAAUUGGUGUUUACACUGGGAACACAGUGAAAUCCUGCACCUGAGGUGCUGUGUGAGAAGCUACAAAACUGAAAAAGAAACAUGUUGGAACUAUACCAUGCAUUCCUGAACAAAUUGAGUGGGAUUGGUGGCACUGUAAGGAAUACUCGACUAACAGAUAGACAUUUGAAACCAAAUUCUGUCGAUAAUAUGAAGGUCAAGCUUGCUGUAAGAGUCUUUAGCAGAGAGGUGGCCCUCACUGUGUCAAUGCGGAUGAAGACAUACAUGGACAUUUUAACAAUUGACGAUUAUUGUACGAUACCUGUAAACAUCGAUGAUGGCAUUUUCAUUACAGAGAUAAUUUUAUUUAUAAAUAAUUUAUUCGAUAGCUUAAACGGUUGUGGUCAUUCUAAAAGUGGUUUUAAGAACGCAUUGUCCGGAAAAUUGCAACCAUUUAGCGUUUUGGAAUGAUAACGAAUUUAUUUAGUCAGGCUUUAGGUAUAAAAAAUCCGGUCAAGUGCGAGUCGGAUUCACCCACGAAGGUUUCCAUAUCAUUAUACAAGAUAUUUUAACCAGUGUGGCAUUGUGGCACAGUUGCCACAAUGCAAGUUAAUGGCAACAGCGCCAUCUAUAUCUGAUUUAGUAAACUUAUUUUUUUUAUGAAUUUGUAAACUGAUCAU